UAAAUGAAAACUGCGGCUUGAGCCAGUCUACCAUCACAAUUUUCCAAAUACAAGCCAACGUCAGCAUAUUUCGAGUGUCUGGAAAAACCAUUAGCCAGCGAAAUUAACCAGAAAGUGUUAAUUAAAGUGCCAAAAUGGAACUUAAAACCAAAACCCCACAUAAUUCUUUGAUUUUAACACUGAAAAUUGUGCUUGAAAAUGCAUAUGGUGGAGCGACAAGACAGAACAAAGAAAACCAUAGAAAAUGGUACUCCAAGGGGCAAAGCAGCGACUGUGCAGCAGCAAAAACUUGGAUACGUGCGUGCUGAGUAUGUAGCAUGAAGCAAGCGCACUGCCUGCAGUCGCAGCGCAGCCAGCGCCAACUUUUCUCUACAUGCAACUGCAUUUUGUACGUAUACAAAGAAAACGGGUCUUUGUUCUGCACGACGAGGCGCAAAUCGAUGGCCAGCAACAACUAUGUACAUACAGAUCAUGGAGAAGGAUAAGACAUUAGUCAUUCAAGCCUGCUUUGCCAUAUGAGAGCUACGGAAUGGAAUAUUAUAAGAGAUUUUACAAAUCGAAGCUGGCAGGACUUUGUAUUUAUGACUACUAUUCUACUUGCAACAAAGCAUCCAUCGCUAUCGAUCCACCAAAACCACAAACAGCCACUAAAUAUAUACUAACUCCCAAGUACCAAACAGCCUAUGCCUGCGAAGGCAAGAAACUGACCAUUGAGUGCGAGCAAGGAGAGCUAAUCAAUCUGAUACGGGCCAACUAUGGACGCUUCUCGAUUACCAUAUGCAACGAUCAUGGCAAUGUGGAAUGGAGUGUUAACUGCAUGUUUCCCAAGUCCCUCACGGUUCUGAAUUCAAGAUGUGCUCACAAGAACAGUUGCAGUGUGCUGGCGGCGACCAGCAUGUUCGGGGACCCCUGUCCCGGCACACACAAAUAUCUCGAGGCACAUUAUCAGUGCGUUUCGGCGGCGCAGACGUCGACCACGACGAACAGACCCAGUCCACCGCCAUGGGUGCUGAACAAUGGGCCGCCAAUCUUUGGCAAUGGCAGCGGUCUGAUACAUCCGACGAAUAUCGGCGGCAGAUAUGGAGGUGCGUCUGCUCCGCCCCGUCUGCCGACGUUGCCUGGCGUGGUGGGAAUCAAUGGCAACGGUGGCAUGUUUAAUGUACCACCACCUGCCACGCCGCCGGGCAGCACAGCCACCCUGCCGGGCGGACGUCUCAAGGGAGUAGCGACCUCCACCACUACCACCAAGCAUCCAGCUGGUCGUCGCGAUGGUCUACCGCCGCCGCCACAGCUCCAUAACCAUCACACAGACGAGACCAAGCCCAGCGGCAAGGUUCCAGCUGCAAGCAAUGCCACAGCACCCUCAAAUACUCGCAUCCUAACUGGAGUAGGAGGAGGUGGAACUGAUGAUGGAACGCUUCUAACCACAAAGAGCUCUCCCAAUCGGACUCCGGGAACAGCGGCCAGUGGCCAAUCGGUGUCAAGCAACGGAAGCGCUGUACGAACCAUAAAUAACAUCAAUCUAAAUGCUGCUGGUAUGGCCGGAGCCGAUGACGAGACCAAGCUCUUCUGUGGUCCCACUCAUGCCAGGAAUCUCUUCUGGAACAUGACCCGUGUGGGGGAUGUGAAUGUUCAGCCGUGCCCGGGCGGUGCCGCCGGCAUUGCCAAAUGGCGCUGUGUGCUGAUGAAACGAAUGCCAGAUUCAAGCUUCGAUGAGGACGAUGAAGAAAUGACUGGGACCAGCACCACGACCCCCAUGCCCACCAGUGGCGACUGCCUGCACAAUAGCAGCAGCUGUGAGCCGCCAGUGACCAUGGCCGACAAGGUCAAUCAGCGUCUGCGAAACUUUGAGCCCACCUGGCAUCCACUAACUCCAGAUCUAACGCAGUGUCGCAGCCUGUGGCUAAACAAUCUGGAGAUGCGAGUGAACCAACGAGACUCUUCUCUGAAUUCCAUUGCCAAUGACAUGUCCGAGGUUACGAGCAGCAAAACCCUCUACGGCGGGGACAUGCUGGUCACCACCAAGAUCAUCCAAACCGUGUCCGAGAAAAUGCUGCACGACAAGGAGACUUUCCCCGAUCAGCGGCAGAGGGAGGCUAUGAUCAUGGAACUCCUGCAUUGUGUGGUUAAAACUGGCUCCAACUUGCUGGAUGAGUCGCAGCUGUCUUCGUGGCUGGAUCUCAAUCCUGAGGAUCAAAUGCGUGUGGCCACAUCCCUGCUAACAGGCUUGGAAUACAAUGCCUUCCUUCUGGCCGAUACGAUUACCAGGGAGCGCAGUGUGGUGCAAAAAGUCAAGAAUAUAUUGCUCUCGGUCCGAGUUUUGGAAACGAAAACAAUCCAAUCCAGCGUGGUCUUCCCGGACUCUGAUCAGUGGCCUAUCAGCUCUGACCGCAUCGAAUUGCCCCGAGCUGCACUCAUUGAGAAUAGCGAAGGCGGCCUGGUGCGUAUUGUAUUUGCCGCCUUUGAUCGCCUGGAGUCCAUACUGAAGCCCAGCUAUGAUCACUUUGACCUGAAGAGCUCUCGCAGCUAUGUGCGCAACACAGUGACCAUAGUGACCAACGAUAGCGAUGCUAGUGCGGGGGAUCUGCAGCAGCGCUUGCGCAUAUUAAACAGCAAGGUGAUCUCGGCCAGUUUGGGCAAGGGCCGACAUAUACAGCUCUCGCAACCCAUUACCCUGACGCUAAAGCAUUUGAAAACGGAGAAUGUGACCAAUCCCACCUGUGUGUUCUGGAAUUAUAUUGAUCAUGCCUGGUCUGCCAACGGUUGCAGCUUGGAGUCAACCAAUCGCACGCACAGCGUCUGCAGCUGCAAUCAUCUGACCAACUUCGCCAUACUCAUGGAUGUGGUGGAUGAGCAUCAGCACUCACUGUUCACAAUGUUCGAUGGGAAUAUGCGCAUCUUUAUCUACAUCAGCAUCGCCAUCUGUGUGGUCUUUAUAGUUAUUGCACUGCUGACAUUGAAGAUUUUCAAUGGGGUAUUUGUCAAGUCUGCACGCAUCUCGAUUUAUAUCAACAUUUAUAUUUGCUUACUGGCCAUUGAGCUGCUCUUUCUACUGGGCAUUGAACAGACCGAAACAAGCAUCUUCUGUGGUUUCAUAACCGUUUUCCUCCACUGUGCCAUACUCUCUGGCACCUCCUGGUUCUGCUACGAAGCCUUCCAUUCGUACUCCACUCUCACUUCGGACGAGCUGCUCCUGGAGGUGGAUCAGACACCGAAAGUGAACUGCUAUUACCUGCUGUCCUAUGGCUUGUCGUUGAGCGUGGUGGCCAUAUCGCUGGUCAUCAAUCCCAGCACUUACACCCAAAACGAUUAUUGCGUCCUUAUGGAGGCCAAUGCUGUGUUCUAUGCCACCUUUGUUGUUCCAGUGCUUAUCUUCUUUAUGGCUGCCAUUGGAUACACCUUCCUCUCCUGGAUUAUCAUGUGCCGCAAGAGUCGGACCGGAUUGAAGACCAAAGAGCACACACGCCUUGCCACUGUUCGCUUCGACAUACGUUGCUCGUUUGUGUUCUUCCUGCUGCUCAGCGCUGUUUGGUGCUCAGCCUAUUUCUACUUGCGCGGAGCUAAAAUGGAUGAGGACGUGACCGGCAUCUAUGGAUAUAACUUCAUCUGUUUCAACACCCUCUUGGGACUCUAUAUCUUUGUGUUCCAUUGCAUCCAGAAUGAGAAAAUUCGCCGAGAGUAUCGCAAAUAUGUGCGACAGCACGCAUGGCUUCCCAAGUGUCUGCGUUGCUCCAACACCUCAAUUUCUUCAGGUAUAGUGGCCGGAGGUGGUACUGGACUUGGUGGCACCAACGCUGGAACGCUAUGCAGCGUUUCGACUGCAAAGAAAUCCAAACUACCGCUGGGGAAAAAUGAUGACGCCCACGACGAGCAGCAGCAGCAGCAGCAUAUGUCGGCUACCGAAGAUGCCAUCAUGGGCGCCAGUUCCGAUUGUGAGCUCAACGAAGCCCAGCAGAGACGCACAUUAAAGAGCGGACUAAUAAAGGGCACCCUGCAGCCAUCUCAGUCUCUUGGCGGUCAUGUAGUGCUGGAAAGGGGAAAUACUUUGCGCUCCACCGGUCAUGCAUCGCCAACGAGCUCGGCAGGAUCUACUCACCUGAUAUUCGCCCACAAGCAGCAGCAGCAACAGCCACCUUUGGGGGAGGCCUAUUACCACCAACCGGACUACUACAGCUGGAAGCAGACGGCUGGCGGGAUGAAGGCCCAAAGGGAGUACUACAACAACGCUGGGGCAGCAACAUCCUCUCCGCAGCAGGCCCAUGAGGUGUUCUACUGGACGCAAAAGCCAAACAGCCAGCAUGGCAAGAAAAAGAGGGGUGGCGUAGGAGCUAUUCCGGCCUCUCCGAGUGGUUCCCUGCACAGCCGGGCCACUGCAGCCUCCCAAGUGCUGUUCUAUCCAUCGUACAAGAAGACCAAGCCAGGACAACAAGCACAUCCGCACUAUGCAGAGGCCCUGGACCCACCACAGCCACCAAACGCUGCUGCCUAUUAUCAACAGCAGCAGCAGCAACUCUCCUCCGAUGAGGAGCAGGCCGAGCAGCAUGCUCAUCUGUUGCACUUGCAGCAUCAGCAACAACAGCAGCAGCAGCGACGAGCUGGUGGCCAGCAACAGCUCCCUGCUCCGCCGCCGCACAUGGCGCAGUACCAGCAGGAGUUCAUGCAGCGUCAAUAUAUAAAUAAGCAUUCCAACUGUGAUCUGGGCGAUGCCUACUAUAAUCAAGGCAGUGUCGGCGGAGCGGAUGGCGGGCCUGUGUACGAGGAGAUACUCAGUAAUCGCAACUCUGAUGUCCAGCACUACGAAGUGAGUGACUUUGAUGUGGAUGAGGUCUAUAACAACAGCGUGGGCACCGGCGUUUUUAACAACAUGCGUGCGGCAGUGGCUGCUGGCGGUAGGCGCUAUGGUGGCAGUCUAAGUGGAGGUAGUGUCUCAUCCCGAAACCAACAGCAGCAGCAGCAUUCGCUGGCGCAGCCAAUAUCUGCGAGACGUUGCACUGCCGCCGAGGACGACGACGAGGAUGAGGAUGAUGAAGAGACAACUGCCGCAGAGCAACUGCACGAUGGCGUCUGUGAUGAGGAGGAGGAAGACGAAGAAAGCGAUAUGGAGGAUGAUUCGCACGGGUUACCACCCCAAAGUGCUGAGCGAAUGCGUCGAUUAAUGGCUCUACAGGAUGAGGACUUUAAACGGCGGUUUCAGCGUCAGCAGCGCAAGCAUGAAGCGCCCGUUGAUUAUGGAACGCAAACCCCCGGAACAGUGCAAGCAGCAAUAGGAGGAGCGCACCCAGAACACAAUGGUACGGUUUUUGGGGUUAGCGGCGGCGUUGGUGAGGGCUCCAUGCGGGGCGCGCUUAGGCAACAGCAGCAACAGCAUGCCAAGUCACCGAGCGCCUGUUUGGCGGUAAACGAGCUAUUUGGUCACGGCAACGCCGGACCACCGCUGCCACCUGCCAAUCAGACGCCUGCACAGAAGCGGCAACAGCUUCAGAAACUAUCACCGCAGUCCACAACAUCAUCGUCGUCGCAUAUAUCACAAAUUAACCCCCAUCCGCAUCCCCCUCACCAUCAACAGCGUCAUCUAUCGGCCAUGCUGGAUGAUAACAACACGGUGCGCUGCUACCUUGAGCCGCUUGCAAAGUAGGGCAAGCCACUGGAUACCCGGAACAGUCUUAGGCAAAAAUUGUAGCUUAGUGUCUCUAGCUAUACCUAGUAUUAGUCGUUAGUCGAAAAUAUGGAGCAUUGUGUGAAACAACAUGCUGUCAUACUAUACGUGCAUACGGGAUUCUAGAAUCCCAAAACAAAUGUGUGAAACAACAUGCUGUCAUACUAUACGUGCAUACGGGAUUCUAGAAUCCCAAAACUUUAUGAAUGUAUAUGUAAUAACUCAAAUCUAGACCAUAGGCCAACAACAGAAGACACAUAGAAAAACACACGAAGACCAGACCCAACACACGAAGCAAUGCAAGCUUUACCUAAAUAUAGGAGGGACUUGAUUUGUCUGUCCUUCAACUUGCAUGCAUUUUAUACCAACUUGGAAAUCGAUCUAUUAUGAGAUAUAAAUGUAUGUACUAUAUGUAUAAUGUAUUGUAAUACAUGUCAGCACAUGCCAUUUUAAGUAGAUUAUCAAAACCCAAAUAUAUAUAUGAAUGUGUAUGUAUAAGAUCUGAGAACUGUAAAUGUACAUUAUCUAUUGACUGCUGGCGGAUUAUGUUUUAUGUAUUUUGUAAGGAAUCAAUUGUUUAUUUGAUUUGCCGCUGAUUAUUACACCUCUGAACCAAAUAUUCCUUCCAAUUACGAAGCAAAUGUUAAACUAUUUUGAGCGGAAUUCUAAUGCCAUUUUUUUGUUGCAUCUGUAUUUAUUUUAUGUUUUAUGCGAUCCAGAGCGAAGCAUUUCAAGUGUACAUUUUCAUUGUAAGAGGCUUGUAGCUGAGGGCGUAAACUAAAUUGACCGCCAACGGCGUUGUAUGGGCAGCCAAAGUCUCGCUGCUACAGGGGGUUUUGGAGUCAGGGGCUCUUAAACGGUGCUCUGAAAGGUUGGCUCCCUCUGGGGGUGAGUUAACGCUGAUGGCAGGUGAAGAGAAAGAGGAGAAAGCGAUGACAUUCGAACGUCAUCCAGCGGAUCCGACCGGUCUCAUAGUGGAUGGGAGCGUGUCCAUCUUCCUUUUGGAAUUUGGAUGUCGAGCGACCAACAUCGCCCCGAACAGGCUCAGCAAAAAUCAUUAAUGAAAAAGUUCCAAAGUCAAGAAAAGAAUAUUGUCAAAGUGCGAGUGGUAUCCAGCAGCAGCAAAGCAAAAGUCGCGGGACUACGAUAACUGAAGCUAGGUCGGCCACUGGAGCCAAGAUUGACGGGUAAGAGGAACAAAAAGUGGGUUACCACAGAUCUUUCGGGGCCGAAUACGUUAGACGGUUCUUUCUCCCUGCACUAGAUUUGGCGCCUAGCAAUUUGGGCUGGCGAAGCAGCGGCGCUCCAAGCAGCUGAUCUGUCGCAGCACAGAGCGAGGGAGCAGAGACGCAGAAAAAAUUCAGAGAGGCUCGACCUUCGCGGGCAGCCGGAUCGACGUCGGUGAGGCGGCGGCCACAAAGCGGGACGGUCGAUAAUCCGCGAUAGCGGAAAGUUUAGCACCGGCGAAAUACGAACGGAGAAAAAGGAGGAAAAUAGCGCAAAUCCUACCUAAACGUGCCGUAUGGCAAAUACAGUUAACAAGGCCCAAUUAAGAUCCGCAGCACAUAGGGAAGGAAAGAGUUAGUGUGUUGUUGGAGUUCAAUACUCAGAGCUGCAAGGGUAAUGCCCCAAAAAAA